AUCUGUUUGGUGUCUGUCUGGAAGCUCCGUAGUACAUUCUGGUAGUCCUUGCAAUGAACUAAUGGCUGAAAGCAAUGCAUCUGCUUUAAACCAAUCAUAUGUCAUGUGGGCUCCCCAAAGCAUUUGCAAGCUCUUGAGGUGAAAAAUGUAGACCUGAACUGUGCUGAAAAUUCCAUUAGCCAUUCCACACACCUUUUUAAUGCUAAUAAACUCAUAGUGAGACGAGGCCAACCUUUUGGGUUCUAUCUACAUUUCCAAAACCGGGAAUGGGAUGAUGAAAAUGAUAAGAUCACCUUUACAGUGGAGACAGGUCCCAAACCUUGUGAAUCCCUUGGAACAAAGAGCAUUUUUCCGCUGGGUGGAUGUCCAGAUCACAACCACUGGAAUGCUAGCUUCAAACUUCAAAAUGAAAGAUGCCUUUGUGUGGACAUAUUUUCCCCUGCCAAUGCCUGUAUUGGCUGCUACAGUCUGACGAUGUGUCUGGUGUCAUGUGGUCACAAACAUUCUCAAAAUGUGGGAGACUUUUACAUGCUUUUCAAUCCUUGGUGUUCUGAUGACGCAGUGUAUUUAGACAGCCAAGCUCACCGAGGAGAAUAUGUAUUGAAUGAGGAUGGGAUUAUAUUCAAAGGCCUUCCAAAACACAUAACCACUCAUCCAUGGCAUUUUGGACAGUUCCAAGAUGACAUUCUGGAUAUUUGUCUGAAAAUUCUGGAUACAAAUACAAAUUUCUUACGUGAUCCUGGAAUGGACUGUUCUUGUCGUAAUGACCCUGUAUAUAUCAGCAGGGUGUUGAACACAAUGAUUGGUUGUCAUAAAAAGAAAAGCGUUCUAAAGCUCCCGUCCAACAAUAACUAUCUUCAGGGACCUAAUCCUUCACUGUGGAAUGGAAGCGUUCCUAUCCUUCGCCAAUGGUAUCAUAGCAAAUGCAAACCCAUCAGAUAUGGGGACUGUGGAACAUUUGCUUCUGUAUUAUGUACAGUUAUGAGGUGUUUGGGAAUUCCCAGCAGAGUCAUUACAGGCUACUACUGUCCCUUGAAUACUGUUAACCCUCUCGUUGUUCAGGAGGUUUUUGACUACACAGGCAAAAACAUAAAUGGCAAAGAACAUGUCUGGAUAUAUCACUGCUGGAAUGAAUCUUGGAUGAUCAGAAAAGACUUAAAUCAAUCUAUGAGUGAAUGGCAAUAUCUGGAUCCAACUCCUGUAGAAACCAGCAAAGGAUCAGUGUGCAGUGGUCCUAUAUGGGUAAAAAGCAUCAAGGAUGGAGAUGUGGAUACUGAUUCUGAUGGCCACCGAGUAUUUUGUAUGCUAAAUACAAGGAAUACUGCAUGGGUUUCUCAAGGAAGAGGCAAGAAGACCAAACUUUACUGCGAUACCUGGCCUUGUGGCCAAUGUAUCAGCACCAAGGGUGUUGGUAGGGACAUACGUGAAGAUAUCACUGAUGUUUACAAGCAUGAAUUGGGUUCUCUACAAGAGAAAAAGGCCUUCUAUAAAGCUUGUAAGAAAAUUAAUCCUCAGUAUCUCAAUGCCCCUAAUUCUGAAAUAGAGAAAGAUAUAUUAUCCAACAGAAACAGAAGUCUGAAAGACAUUGGAGUCAUAAUGAAAUUUAAGAUGGCUAAUUGUCCUGUUUACGGUCAAAAUGUUCAGAUCAACUGGGUACUUGAAAACCUGUGUGAUGAGAUCAAAGACAGGAAAUUCAACCUUAGUGCUCAGGGAAUGAUGCAGAAUGGAAGCUCCUUGGAUCAGCUCUGGAAAGAAAAUAUGCAUGUCACACUUGGCCCAAAGGAAGUGAAGAAAAUCUUGAUUGAUAUUCCAUAUGAUAGUUACAGCUCUCACCUCUGUGAUGAUAAUAUUAUGAGAGUGGCAGCAGUCUCAAUGCCAGAGCCCAAAGGAGAAAUAAUGAUGGUGGAGAGGGACAUCCUGAUCAACAGUUUACCUAUUGAUAUAAAGAUUUUAGACCACCCAAAGUUAAAUGUGCCGUGCUGUACAGAAAUCACAUUCUCUAAUCCCCUGAAAGAGGACCUCAAGAACUGUGUUCUCCACUUGGAGGGUUUCGGACUGAUUGGUGAACCAAUAACUACAGAAUUGGGAACACUGGAUGCUAGUCAUAAGGCACAAACAUGUGUAGAGUUUACUCCAUGCAGGUAUGGCAAACACCAAUUUGUUGCAAGUAUCAGCUGCCAUAAGUUUUGUAACUGCAAAGGAUAUUCCAAUGUAGACAUGGGGAGUCCACCAACAACAUCUGGAGAAGGAGGUGCAUGAGCAAUAUGUAAAGUCUAAGAAAAUAUUUUAAUACAUAAAUAAUGUUAUAUUUUGAAAUGCAGAAGUAUGGAAGAGUUGUGUAUACAAGUAGGUUUUGGGUUAAACUGGGCAUGCUUGGUUAAAUGAAAAAGUUAUUGAAUGCAAAGGCAAAUGCACAUUAAAAACUCUGUUAUGUCUGCCAUUAAAAUAAAUACAUACAUCAAAAU